AUGUCAUCGGUAGCAAUCGAUUACAAACCUAAGUCUUCUGGCGGAGAGACGUUGGCCAACCUUUUGCCCGGGGCUGCUGAACGCAUUGCCCAGAGCAUGAGCGAGAACCCAUUGAACAUGAUUGGCAUCGGUGUUGUUGUGGGCGCUCUCGAUAUCAAGGACCCAAUCCAGGUGCUGGCCAACUAUGAGCCGGACAAGGAGGAUGUUGGCAUCAUGAUCACCUCUGUCAUUGGUGUUAUCCCAAUGGUCGGCCCAAUCCUCCAGGGUAUCUUUACUCUGUACUGGCGCAGAGCCUCCGAUCAGGAGGAGAACGUCACCAAAGAGGAGCUUGAGAAGAAAAUCAAGUCCCUCAAGGAGGAUAUGAUCAAGACGAUGGAGAACAAGAUCAAAGAUUCUGAGAUCACCCAGUGGACCCAGCUCUGUGGCACUUUCGUCCAGACUCUCUCUGACAACUGUGAGGCCCUGUCCAACGACAUGAACGCCCUGUCCUACCAGCUCCAAACCAACGGCCAGGCCAGCGAGCAGGUCAAGGAGAGCGUGCGCAUCAAGUUGGACAUCACCCGUGACAAGGUGAUGACCAUCAUGAAGUUCUGUGCCAACAACAACUUCGUCAAGUACACCGUCUCCUACUACAUCGAGUGUCUGUUCAUCUAUGGCCUGGUCCUCCGCCACUAUGACAGCUUCUGGUACCAGCUUGGAAUCGACCCAAUUUUUGUGGCUGGCGCCGAGGCCAAGGGCAACGCACCUGGAGUCCUCUCGUUCCGCGAGAAGCUACACCAAACCAUCACCUUUGGUGUGCAGCAGCUCAAGACAGUGAUUGAGUCAGGAGACUGUUCUGAACAAGACUUGGCACGCGCGUCCAUUGUGCUCAAGCAGGACAUGUUCUGGUACCCAGUCCCACUUAUCUGCCAUAACCCCGAGACCAACUACCAGCUGAAGACCUACGCCCUGCCCGAGAAGUCUGGCCCUUUCAUCUUCCGCAUCCCUGGCGAGAACCUCACGCCUAAAAUGUGGAAGCCAAACUUCAUUUGGAAGGCUCCCAAAAAGGAGUAUUUCAGCGACUGCUACGGCCAGGGCAUCGUGAACAGCCGUGUCAACGUGUCGAUGAGCUCGCCUCGCGACGUCUCAGUCCGCUUCUUUGGCGAUUAUGGAGUCGAGAAUUUGAAGUGCGAUUUCCGUUGCUCCUCCAUGGCUGGCGAUGAGGAGGUCGAGAGUACCACAGUAACCGAUUUGAUCCAGCCAGGCUUGGAGUACUUUGCCACUGGUGUGUACUGUAAGGAAGGUUUCUACGACAUGGCCGUGAAGAAGGGCGGUUUCAAGGCCGGCUGGGCCAUGUCCGAGAAGCUGAGCAAUGUGUCCAACCUGGCUCUCAAACUGAACGCUAUGCAAGACCCACCCUACCCCCACCCUGGCUACUUCUGCAAGCUUCUCUUUGUCGAGAUCAUCGUCCAUAACUAG